AUGUACAAAACUUACAAGUCCAAGUCAAACAGAUGGAACCAUUUGGUUUCUGAGAGGCUCAAUGAAGGUUCUGGGGCCAGCAGCAGAGGUGCUUAUAGAGAAGACCUUGACUCCCUAAAUCAAUUGCCAACUCCUGCCACUACCCCAGCCCCUUUCAGCAAUCUCGACGAGAGUGACGCCGAGAUUCAGAGUGAAAGUCAUUCAGAGACUUCGAAUUCCACAGUCCAUUCUGAUCAGACCACCGUUCCUGUCAUGGCUUCCGUGCCUAUUGAUACGGACACUCCGGCUCAGAAACAAUCGAUCAAGGUGAAUUCAAUACUACACAAGAUAACUAUUAAUACCAAAUUAUCUGCCACGAAUUACAACCCGUGGUCUGAUGAUGUUAGAUUUGGAUUGGCUGCCGCAUCAUACGAUCAGUAUCUCAUUGUCAAGGAUGUCCCAACCGUUAUCACCGAUCCUGAAGUCAUUCUAGCUACGAAAAAGUGUAUAUUUCAUUGGUUGUUAGCAAGCAUGGAAUCAGCUCAGUCUACUCGCUUUAUAUCAAUGAUCUCUACCUUUGAAAACGGCAUAAAGAACACCCCUUCAUCUCCAUUUCUCCUUUGGAAAACCGUACGCGACUAUCACAUAAGCAAUUCGGAAUCAGUCAAGUUGAUGCUACGAAGUGAUAUCACAGAUCUGUCUCAAGGUUCAACUAAGGACCUACUAGAAUACAUAGAUAUGUUCCGCGCUAAGAUCGAUGCUUAUUUAGGAGCGAAUGGAGAGAUGUCGGAAGAAGAGCAAGCUCGUCAGUUCGUGAGAUCACUUAACCGUGAUUGGGCCGAAAAGGGGUGCGACUUACUAGAUGCUGGACAUGUCAAAUUUAGAAAUUUAGAAACUGAAUUGAAGAAGACGUAUCAAACGCCAAUCGAGUUGCACUAUUGA